UAAAAUCAAAGUCACAUUCAGUCAACUCUUUUAGGGAAUCCCUGGAAAAAGCUGCUGCUUGUCUAACUCUGAGAACACUGCUUGUCUAACUCCUUUUUCUCUUCAGACCAGGAAUAUUUUGUGACAGGAAGAAAUGCAGAGAAAGCAGGCGCCAUACUGGAACCUCUCUGUCACCGUGCUGCAAGGAAAGUUCCGUCAUUCAUAUGACCUCUUUUCACUUCCUGACCUCUAUGUGACGUUAAGCCUUCCCACGGCCUCAGUGUGUACCAUGAGAACCAGAACAAUUCAGAACUCCAAGACACCUACGUGGAAUGAAACCUUCAUCUUCCAUCCCUUUAGCCAAGUGAAGAAUAUUCUGGAGCUGAAUAUUUUUGAUGAGGAUUUAGUGAAGGAUGAAGAAUGCACCAGCAUCCUGUUUGACAUCAGCACUCUCACACUGGGCCAGAAAGAGACCAAGGUCUUCAUCACAGAUAAAAAGCUGAAGGAUGAACUAUGGGUGGAAUUUGAGCUGACAGAGAGUCCUGAAGCUCCAGGUCAGUACUUCUCUAACGGAGUUUUAGUGGCUGCCCCAUUGUCUACUCUGGAGGUGAAGUUGGACAAGCUGCCCAUUGAUGUUCACCAUGACAUGCUGUUGAAGAUACGAGGGGCGUAUAACGAAAGACAAGUCAUUUCCUUGUCCAAGAACAGCAGCCUCAUGCAGACCGUUUGCUACCACAUCAACAAAAACCUGGGGACCGAGAUUGGACUCCGGAUGGUAAAUGAUGAAAGUUUCAACCCUGCAGUAUCUCCUGUAACCCCUUUCGUAGCCACAAGUCAAUUUACACUCUCUCUUCCUUUAGCUAAGGACAAAAUAGAAUUUCAUUUGAAUACAGUGGACAGGUACAGAGCAAACAUAUUUCCCACAGAAGACAUGAAGGUGCGUCUGGAUUUCGACAUACCUGCAGAGGAGAAGGCGUUUCUGCUGAAGAGGAAAGAGGUGGUGUCUCGUGCACUCGAGAAAAUCCUCAACCUUAAAACUCCAUUGGAUCCCACGCAGGUUCCAACAGUGGCUUUGGUGUGUUCAGGAGGAGGCUCCAGGGCCAUGACGGGAAUGUACGGCUCUCUGAAAGGACUGCAGACCCUCGGCCUUCUAGAUACCAUCACCUACAUUACCUCUGUGUCUGGCUCCACCUGGAGCACUGCAAGUCUCUACUCUGACCCAUUUUGGUCAAAAGAAGGCUUGGAGACCCAGAUUAAUUUUGCGAAGAAGAUGCUGUCAAAAAGCACGGCUAGCCUCUUCUCACCUGCGCAGCUGUCUUAUUAUCACUCUGAGCUACAGAACAGAGAGAAAGAAGGCUACUCCGUCUCCCUCAUCGACACCUGGGGGCUUAUCAUAGAAAACCUUAUCUUUGGAAAGAAACACACAGAUACACUGUCUCACCAGAAGAAUGCAGUCUCUGAAGGCCAGAACCCACUCCCAAUUUACACUGCAGUGAACAUGAAAAAAGACUCUAUUGGCUCCACAGUCCCUGAAUGGUGCGAGUUUACCCCAUUCGAAGUGGGAUUUUCCAAAUACGGCACGUUUUUCCCUGCUGAAUAUUUCGGGAGUGAGUUCUACCUGGGUCAUGUGGUUAAGAAGCUUCCAGAAACACGCAUCUCCUUCCUCCUGGGUAUAUGGAGCAGUGCUUUCUCUAUUAACCUGGCACAGAUAUGGAGUUCUAUUACUGGAGUGAUCCCGUCUUGGGUUGGAGGAAAUGUAGACCAUAUUGCGGCAGGUAAUGAGAGCACGACGAUGGAUACUUUACGGGUCGAUUCAGAGGAUACAGCACUGAGCGAAUUCCUAAACAAUCGGCCAAUCAUCAGCAAGGUGUUCAACUUCCUCCGAGGAUUUUUCCUACACAACUUAUACAGGAAAAGUCCAAACUUCAACACCUCAAAGGAGACAAACCCCGACAUGUUUCCGAAUAAGCUGACUCCAAUGGACUCAACUCUAGGUUUGGUGGAUUCUGGAUUUGCCAAUAAUACAGCUUUUCCUCCGGUGCUGCGACCCAACAGAUGCGCAAACGUUAUUCUGUGCCUCAGCUACUCUUGGGAUGAGGAUCAGCUAAAGGUCAUCAAGGACACUCAGGAGUACUGCAUUGAACACCAGCUACCGUUCCCAAAGAUAGACUUCAGCAAGUACACAUCUCAGCCCUAUAAGGAAGUGUACGUGUUUGAGGAUGAGAAAAAUCCUGAUGCUCCCAUAGUGCUCCACUUCCCGCUGGUCAACGUCUCAUUCAAAACCUAUAAAGAACCUGGAGUAAAGAGAACAGGAAAGAAGGAGCUAAACGAAGGAAAUAUUAAUGUGAGCACUAAAUCCUCACCAUACGUCACCUCACACUUCACUUACUCUACAGAAGACUUCCAAAGGCUGGUGGAUCUCACUUCCUACAACAUCCUCAACAAUAAAGAAACCAUCAUAAACACAUUAAAGAAAGCUCUGAACAAAAAAGGCCUUCCCAUCAUACCCUCAGCAGAAGAGACCAGCAGCUGCAUAGUCAGUUAAUUAAUCAGUCAGUUGAGUGUUCGGCUGAAUCCUUGAAAUUGAUUGUGAAAAAAAAAAGAAAAAUACAGACCGUAAAUCGAAUUUUAUUAAUAAACUAGUUCUAAUAUAUUGCUGUUUCUAUAGUAACUGCUCAUUUAAAGUGGUUAGUUCUUUAUUAUCUAAAAAAAUAACAUCUAUAAGUUUCUUUUGCCCCUGCAAAGUUUUGCUUUCUAGAUCCUUGGUCUGUAUUUUUACCACUUUAGGUAAUUGUGCUAAUUGCUUGUCCUUGUAUCUCCUUGAUCGAUUUUGUCCUGAUUCUAAAUACCAUUAAAUAAAAGCAAUAAAACCCUUGAAAGCUUUUCUCUUGUAGAAAAUUUAAUAAAAAUGAGAUGUUCUGGUAGUCUAUUGUAUUUGACCUAAUUAAAUAGUUCGCUCAUAACAACUGCAUUAAAGAUGUAAGGAGAAUGUUAAUUGCCAGGUGAAAAUAAUAUAGGGUCUUGUUUUGAGGUAAGGAGGCAGGGCUGAGGCUGAAGUCCAUAAACUUAUUUCACACCAUUUUUGUCCCUGGAAAGUUGCUUACUAGGUCUCCUCGACAAGGACAGAUUGUAUUUAUACCACUUUAGGUAACUGUGUUUAUUACUGGUUCUUGUACUUAUCUGUACAUGACUAAAGCUUGAGAUUCUGAAAUAAAAUCAA